CCACUGAAUUUCUGUGUGUAUUUAUUAGCAAUUUUCCUGUUAAACAGACGACGACAGAGUGUGAAACGGUCGGCGACACUUUUUUCGAUUCAACACGGAUUAGUUUCAGUUGAGUUCUUUUGCAGUUUGGAUGUCGAGGAAUCUGUCUAUUUAGUGCGUGUCGAAAUGGCAGAAUUUUUGAAUAGUAUCCGUGGUAAAUUUAUCGGUGAUCAAGUUGUGCCAUCAGGCAAGAAGACAUUAUCAGCAAUUGAGAAUCGUCGCGAAAUGGAGCACAAUGAGAUGCUGAUGGUGGAUGCGGAGAAGAAUUUGCGUGAUAUCUUUCAGCAAUUACUGAAGGGAGAUGAAACAGAGAGUGUGAAAGCCCUGCUAGGUCGACACACGAAGAUCCUGGUGAAAUAUAUUGUGAAGUUGGAAACGAAAGGUGACAAGACAGAAAACAGGGUGCUGGUUUUUACACCAGUUCGGAUAUACUUGCUGAUUGCAAAGGUGCCCACAAAGAUAGACUGCCAUUUUCACUAUUUAGAUAUUCAAUCAAUUGAAAGCAAGAGGCCAACACAUUUUUCAAUUACAACCAAUGAACGCACUUACUCCUUCGUGACAACUGGUGAUGCAGUGAAUUUCAGCUCUAACGCCGAUGUGAUUCUCACUGAUUUAACAUCGUCAAUAAAGCAGAUAUUUCCAACAGUUCCUCUCAAGUACAUCAUCAGGAAGAUUGAUGUACAGCCGACAGAACGUGAAACGAUAUUCUCAGACGAAUUGAGGCCAUCGGAUCCGAGAAAUUUGGGUCCAUGUGGCGGUUUUAGCACGCAAUAUGCAUGCAUGUGUGAUUAUCAUGGUGUCCCCUACAGAGAGGAAGUCGCUUGGGAUAUUGACACAAUCUAUCUGUCUCACGAUACGAGAGUACUGAAUUUACGAGAUUUCGAUCACUUAGAACCAAAGGACUUGAUGGCGAUAAUAUCGGCCCUGGAAUACAACACAUUCUUUCGUGGAUUAAAAGUUUCUCAUACACGCCUUUCCAAUGAGUCACUGGAUAGAAUCCUUCAUGUUUUGCGACGGUCAAUGUGGCUGGAGGAGUUACAUUUGGAAGCUUUAGGACUUCGGUCUGACUUUCUUCAUAAGCUGGCUGUAUCUGUGAUCACCAAUAAUAAUCCAGCUCUUCGAACCAUUGAUUUAAGUCACAAUGUCAUCGAGGAUAAAGGUGCAACCUCCCUGUGCGCCCUUGUGGGGAAGUUAGUGCAAGGCGCCAUUCACUUGGCCGGACCCAUAGCAAAAGUGUCGAAGGGUCUGUGCAAACUCUCACUGUCUCACUGUGGAUUAACGGCGAAGGGUGUUAAUCAAGUUGCACACUCACUCUCCCUCAAUCAGAGCAUUUCCAAUUCGCUGACCUAUUUGGACUUGAGUGGAAACAAUUUGAAAGAUGACAUUAACAAUCUUUACAACUUUCUUGCUCAACCUAAUGUGCUGGAACACUUGAACAUUUCUGCCACGGACACCACGUUGGAAAAUCUAUUUGGUGCCCUUUUGAGGGGUUGUGGAACCCACUUGGCGCACCUCAACGUAUCGCAUAAUUCGUUCAACACGAAGAAAGGCAAGGAAAUCCCACCGUCGUUUAAGCAGUUUUUUACAAGUUCACUGAGUUUGAAGCACAUCAAUAUUUCCUACUGUAAACUCCCGAUGGAGGCUCUCAAGCACCUCCUUCUGGGUUUGGCGUGCAAUGAGUCCACAGCUGGCCUGUAUUUAGACCUCAGUUGCAAUCAAUUGGGCUCGCAGGGUGCCCAUGUACUCGAGUCAUGUAUCCAUGGGGUUCGCGUGCUGCAGAGUCUGGACAUCAGUGACAAUAAUCUUGAUGCCGAACUGUCAUCUGUUCUCACGGCAAUUGGAAAGAAUCCAUCUAUCAAGAGUCUCCACAUGACGAGGAGUUUCACGGGAAUGAAGGUGAAGCACAUUGGAUCUGUAAUGGAGGCUCUUGUGGCGCUCGUGCAGAAGGAUGACUUCCCAUUGACGGAAUUGGUGUUGUCGGAGAAUAAGUUGCGCAAUGAUAUUCACAAUUUCAUCAAUGCUCUGGGCAGCAAUCAGUCACUUCAGAUGCUGGACAUCAGUGGGAAUCUCAUGGGUGAUAUUGGGGCGCGUCUAUUGGCAAAGGCAUUGCAAAUCAACAAUAAGUUGCGAACAAUUUCAAUGGAUCGCAAUAAUAUUACACUUCAGGGCUAUUCGGAUAUUGUUUAUGCACUUGAGAAUAACUACAGCAUGAAGACAAUUCCCUUUCCGGUGUUUGAUAUGGCGCCAUGUCUCAAGAAUCACCCGGAGAAGACGGACAGCGUGAUGAGGAGGAUGCAAGAGUUGCUGCAGAGAAAUGGGAAUGGCUUGAAGAGGAGCAAUGGACAAGGAUUUAGGCUUCAGCAUGGAUUCUUGCUGUCAUCAACACAUCAACUUAUCGACAAAUUGGUGUCUGAGACACAAGAAACAAUGUCUCUGAGACAGAAUUCAAAUGACACAGGAGUUCAGAGAUUGCUAGAUGAUGCUGAGAAUUCGAAGCAACUUCUGCCGAAGCUUCAAGAAGCAGUGAGAUGUGAAAUGCAUCCAAUUGAGGUGAAACUUGGACGAAUGGCGAGUGACUUGAGCUAUGUUAUUCAAGCUUAUCUAGAGGAAACGAUGGAGACAAUGCUGCGCACGGGGGUUGACCAGUGUCCGAAAUCGCUGGGAAAUCAGAAUGUUAUCAACGAACUGAGGAAGAACUGCCUGGAGAGACUCAAUGUGUCUGAGGAAUUUCUCACAAGUUGCAUCGUAAAUAGUGCUGGAAGUGAAAUUAUGAAUAAAAUCAGUGAAGUGGAACAAGCGCUGGCCGGAGUGAUUGCAGAUCGUGCCACAGAUGAGGUUGUUGAAGCUCUGACGAGAUACAGAAGAGGACUUGGCAUUGCCGAUUCACCACACUUGACCUAUGAUGAUCUCAACACGCCAGAUGUGCUCAGGAGUAGAUCAAAUCAGAACUUCAAAGACUCAAUGGGUCUCAUGUCGCUGGAGACUCAUGGAUUGGAUCUGCCGAAGUUGGGUCUCGAUUCACCCACUAAAUUGGAGUAUUUGAAUCUCGCAACGCCCCAUUUGACGUCCAAACGACGCUCAAUUGCCAAGAAGGUGCGCCCGCAGUCGGUGGUGGGCUUGGGCAUUGAGAACCUCAGCUUGGGUCACAUUCCGGACUUGCUGGAGUCGCCGGUGUCCCAUCGGAGUGGCGUGCACGAGAAGGUGGAUGAGAAUUGUGACUCGAUCACGGAGUUGCCAAGCACGUCGCAUCAGUUGCAGCAUUUGGUGAAGGGGCGGCCGAAGAGGGCGAAGACGAGGGCGCCCACGCGACCGCUGCUGCAGGAGCACACAGUUCAUGGCGAUGGUCUGGAUCAGUUCUUCCGCCCUGGCUCAGUCACACCCACCACAAUCACCCCACUGGUCAGUCCCACGUCCGAGGAGUGCAGCUCGCUGAGCUUCGUGGACAGUCCCACGAUGAGUCGCGACGAGAAUGGGAAGCUGUCGAACAUGACGUCGGGCGAGACGACGCCCAUUCUCGAGGAGCGACGCCCGGUGAAGCUGGAGAGGAGUUCACCGCUGAUGAAGGGUGUCGUGUGGACGCCCAGAUCGCGCUCCACGGACAAUCUGGAGAAGUGUUCACCGGUGAUUGGGCGCAAGUCGCCACUGGUGAAGAUGAACACCGACGCCAGUCCGACGACAGUGGCGGUGAAUCAUGAGACUGAGGAAAGACUGAUCCCGCCUGUGAAUCACGAUGCGGGCAAACUCAGAUCGCCCAGCAGUGAGUCGAUCAAGAGUCACGUGGCGGAUCUGAAGCCGGGCAAUGGAAUUGUCAAGACGCCUCUGAUCAGUCCCAAGCCCAGGCCCUGGUCAGUGGCGGGAAAUGAGGCGAAGUCCGACUAUGGCAGCGGCAGCGAUUCCACAAAAACCACUCCAGAUGGCAUAGACAAUGAUGUGGACGUGGUUCCGAUUGCUGGACAGGCUCCUGGUGGCUCAAUUGUGGGAAUCAGCCCGGGAAUUGCUCUGGGCAGUGGCGGUGGCAGCAUUGUGGGCAUCACACCGGGAGCAGCGCUGGAGAGGAAGUCAGUUCGGGACAUGGCGGCUGGAUUGAAUCGUCUUGGAGUUAUUGACCCAAGUAAAAAGCCCAUCCCCGUGCCCAGACAUUCCCAAACCAUCAGCAAUAAUAACAAUAGCAGUAGUGUUAAUAUGAAUGCAACGAAUGCUGUGAAUGUAGUGGAAAGUCCUCCUAGUCCUCCAGUGGAUGCCGCCAAACCCGAACCCGUCCGCAAAAUUGCUGGCAAACACAUUUCCACCCUAUUUGAGGAGACGUUAGUUGAAGGACUACAGAAAUCCUACCUCCGCCAAACAGUCUACAAGGAGACGCAAUACACCAAGGAUGAUUCAGUCGACGUCUAGAGUUUAGCAUUUUUUACAAGCGACAAUUUCUCUUUGUUCUUUCUUUUUUUUUAAAGUGUCUCUCAAGUUUUCUUUCCAUCACGACCGAAUCGUGUUUGAAAUUUGUAUGGAGGAGAAAAAAAGAAGAAGAGGAGAUUUUAUUGAUGAUUUUUCUUGUAAAUACGAACAAUUCGACCUUUUAACCCAUUAUUCGGACAUUAAUAUUCAAUUAAUCGGACAAAAGUUGUGGUACACGUUUAAUAUAUUUAAUGAAAAAGCAGGGAGAAAUUUAAUCCGAAAGAAUAGCAAUUGGAAAUGAUGAUUAUUUCAGGACUGAUGAUUCGUCUUAAAGUAUUAGAAAAUCUUCCAGAAAUUCAACUGUAUUGAAGUCUUUUUUUCGGUUUUUAUUGGCUUUUGGAAGGAAGAAGAAAAAGAAGAUGAUGAAAAAACGGUGCCAAUUUUAUCGUGCAAGUGAAAGAGAGCUGAGAGGGGCAAGAUUUUUGCUCUUGAGAUUAAUUUUCAAUUGAAAGUGGAGGCGGAGAUAAGGAAAAAAAGAAAAGAGAUGGAUUUCUCGAGAGGAGAGAAAAAACAUCCAUUGUGAAAAAUUAUAACUUAUACCCUAGUCUAUUUGGAAAGUUUUCAAUUUCAAACAUAUUUUCAUAUAUAGAAAGGAUUAAACGAGAAGAAUCUAUUAAUCACAGUUCAUAUACAACACAUAAUUAUAUUUAAAAGAAGAAGAAAAAGAGGAGAGAAAAGAAAAGAGAGAGAAGAAAAUGUGAAAUAGUGUUUUAGCGAGAAGAGAAUAGGAUUAGAGUUGAAAACGGUCUUAAAGCAAAGAAGAAGAAAAAAAAGUAUAAUUCAUUCGUAGUUUUUUGGAAAAAUAAUUCAUUGAACGAGACAAACCCACGGAAAAAAACAUAGUAAUACAAUAUAUUGUAGGUGUUUCAAGAAAAAAACCUUUUAGAGGUUUUUUUCCUUUCACUCUCUGUGAAGCAUUUUCUCCCGGAGAAGAAAUGAAAAGAAAAAAGAUGAUUUUCUUUCUGGACCAUUUUGAAGGCAUUUUUCUCACAACACUUGGCGACACACUUUAUCCCGCAAAAUGACACACAUUCCAAAUGUUACUUUUGAGAUAGAAAAAUUAAUGAUACUUUUGAGAGCCAGAACUGCCAUGAAGGCCACAAAGGUGGAUUUCUUUUUCCGAGACAUUUUUCUGUUGUACAUUUUAUCGAGAGCGAUGGCGAGAGGCAUUUUCUGUCCUGUGAUUUCUGUUGACUUUUUUUUUUUGUGUAACACUAUAACAAAAUCUUGCGUUUUUCUAUCCAAUUUUCUCGAGAUGUGGAAACAUAACUUGUAGCGGGAAAGUAAUAAUCUAAGAAAUAUAGUGUUCGAUAUGA